AUGGAUGGCCAAGGCACCAUCAAUCCCCAAGCUCUGAACUCGUCAGUCCUGUCAGCUUCCGCCUCCAGCGCCGCUUCCCAGCAGAGCCCGCGCGGCAUCAAGCGGAGUCGCUCGCCCACCGAAGACGUCUUCUCGCCCGAGAGACCCGACGACGAUGACAAGCCGCGAAAGCGCGGUCGCCCGCCCAAGUCCAGAGUCUCGGAGAGCCCUCAGUCGACCCAACCCGCGCCCGGACCAGUGCAGACACCGCAACUAAAGGCGCAAUCCCUGCCGCAGGCGUCGCCAACUCAGUCGUCGCCCCCAAAGACCACACCGACCAAGGGCACCGUGUUGAAAGCAUUGCCGACUGUGCGCGACCACACGACGGAUCAGCUGAACACCGAGGGAGACGAGUACAUACCACGUGAAUUCGACGAAGCCGGCGAAAAGAAAGUCACACCGUCCGGACACCCGCUGGACGGAAGGGAAUACCGCUGUCGAACGUUCUUCGUGCCAAACAGAGGAGACAAGCUUUUUAUGCUUGCAACAGAGUGCGCGCGCGUCUUGGGCUACCGCGAUUCCUACCUGCUCUUCAACAAGAACAGAUCGCUCUACAAAAUCAUCGCAACUCAGGCCGAGAAAGAUGACCUGAUUCACCAAGAGAUACUGCCGUAUUCUUAUCGCUCGCGACAAAUCGCCAUUGUCACCGCGAGGUCCAUGUUCCGCCAGUUUGGAAGCCGGCUGAUUGUCAACGGAAGGCGCGUUCGCGACGACUAUUGGGAAAGCAAGGCAAUCAAGCAGGGUUUCACCGAAGAGGACGCCGCUGGAGAGAAGAGACCGGGAGCCGCGAAGCAGAGGGAGGCCGCCGCGGCUGAGGCAAGCAGCGCGCAUGCCUUGACCUCGCUGCCCCACGGCGAGAUCAUCUACAGCAACGGGCCCGGAGCCAUGGACGUGCCUCCCGGCGUCAAUCCUGCGACUUUGGCGCCUUUGCCCAUGAUAAACCUGGCUCCGGUGGAUGAGCUGCGCGCGAGGGAUUACGGCAACGUGCAGCGCCCCAGGCACGAGAUUUCCGGGCCGCCAUACUCGGAGCGCAUGCAACCAAGCACAGCCGCCGAAAUUUUAAAUCAGGCUGCGCACGCCGCCGAAUUCAACAAGAACCUGGGGCAGCAACGGACGAUCCGAAGCAAUUACAUAGACGAUUAUUGGAAGCGCCCGCACGAGCCAGUUGUGGCACAGCCGCGCCAGGCUACGGUAGAAGGCGACGUUCCGAAUGUCCAGCCAGGCAUCCAGUCUCCAAGACCGAAAUCCAACCCGCCCCUCAUGGGCGGCCCGUCACACAGCCUUCCAUCGCAACCCGGACCGGCCUCGAUGAUGACGCCUCAGUCGUAUUCGCAAUCUUCGCACGCGACGAACCCUCUUGUGCAGACGCCCAUGCGUCCAAUGCCACAACCGCCCCAAAUGCACGGCCGUUCACCAAGCUUGGGCAUGGGUGGUCCGAGCCAGGCGACUCCGUACGGUUAUCCACAGAGCCAAAUGUGGCCUCCGUCGCAGCCGCAACCGUCACCGCUGUCGCAAACGCACCACAGCAUGCAGCAAUUCGGCCAUCAACAGUCGCCAGCUCCGCAACAAUCGCCGUUGCACGCGCCGCCUCAGCUGCAUCAUUCCCAGAGCAGCGGGUCCAUGCACGGUACACCCAUGGGUUUCUCGACUAUGGGUGGCAUGAAUCCUGCUGCCUACAGGAACCUGACAGGCAACCCAUACCAGCAUAGUCCAAGCCCCCAACACUUUAUGCACCAGAGCACGGCGGCGCAGCAGCCUGGCAUGCAGGGCUGGGCCCCUGGGGCCCCUGCGCAGACGCCGCAGCAAAACUGGCAAGGCUUCUAA